AUGUUCCAGAGGAUCGUUCCCACAGCAGGACUCCAAGAACCAGCGGACCGUUCCCACAGCAAGACUCCAAGAACCAGAGGAUCGUUCCCACAGCAAGACUCCAAGAACCAGAGGAUCGUUCCCACAGCAAGACUCCAAGAACCAGAGGACCGUUCUCACAGCAGGACUCCAAAAACCAGAGGACCGUUCCCACAGCAGGACUCCAAGAACCAGAGGACCGUUCUCACAGCAGGACUCCAAAAACCAGAAGACCGUUCCCACAGCAGGACUCCAAGAACCAGAGGACCGUUCUCACAGCAGGUCUCCAAGAACCAGAGGACCGUUCCCACAGCAGGACUCCAAGAACCAGAGGACCGUUCCCACAGCAGGACUCCAAGAACCAGAGGACCGUUCCCACAGCAGGACUCCAAGAACCAGCGUACCGUUCCCACAGCAGGACUCCACGAACCAGAGGACCGUUCCCACAGCAGGACUCCAAGAACCAGCGUACCGUUCCCACAGCAGGACUCCAAGAACCAGAGGACCGUUCCCACAGCAGGACUACAAGAACCAGCGUACCAUUCCCACAGCAGGACUCCAAGAACCAGAGGACCGUUCCCACAGCAAGACUCCAAGAACAAGCGUACCGUUCCCACAGCAAUACUCCAAGAACCAGAGGACCGUUCCCACAGCAAGACUCCAAGAACCAGCGUACCGUUCCCACAGCAGGACCCCAAGAACCAGAGGACCGUUCCCACAGCAGGACUCCAAGAACCAGAGGACCGUUCCCACAGCAGGACUCCAAGAACCAGAGGAUCGUUCCCACAGCAGGACCCCAAGAACCAAAGGACCGUUCCCACAGCAGGACCCCAAGAACCAGAGGACCGUUCCCACAGCAGGACUCCAAGAACCAGAGGAUCGUUCCCACAGCAAGACUCCAAGAACCAGAGGAUCGUUCCCACAGCAAGACUCCAAGAACCAGAGGAUCGUUCCCACAGCAGGACCCCAAGAACCAGAGGACCGUUCCCACAGCAGGACUCCAAGAACCAGAGGACCGUUCCCACAGCAGGACUCCAAGAACCAGAGGACCGUUCCCACAGCAGGACUCCAAGAACCAGAGGAUCGUACCCACAGCAAGACUCCAAGAACCAGCGUACCGUUCCCACAGCAGGACCCCAAGAACCAGAGGAUCGUUCCCACAGCAGGACUCCAAGAACCAGAGGAUCGUACCCACAGCAAGACUCCAAGAACCAGCGUACCGUUCCCACAGCAGGACCCCAAGAACCAGAGGACCGUUCCCACAGCAGGACCCCAAGAACCAGAGGAUCGUUCCCACAGCAGGACCCCAAGAACCAGAGGAUCGUUCCCACAGCAGGACCCCAAGAACCAGAGGAUCGUUCUCACAGCAGGACUUGCACGGGGCCUCGACAAUGA